AUGCCUGAAUAUAGAAAGACUGCAAUUCUCUCGGUUUACGACAAAACCGGCCUCUUAGACUUGGCCAAAGGUUUGGUUGGUGCAAAUGUUCGUCUAUUAGCAUCAGGUGGUACUGCAAGAUUAUUACGUGAAUCCGGCUUCCCCGUUGAAGAUGUUGAAUCCAUUACACAUGCUCCGGAAAUGUUGGGCGGUAGAGUCAAGACAUUGCAUCCUGCUGUUCACGGUGGUAUUUUGGCUAGAAACAUUGAAUCCGAUGAAGCUGAUCUAAAGGAACAAAACAUUGAGAAGGUUGAUUUUGUUGUUUGCAACUUGUAUCCUUUCAAGGAGACCGUUGCCAAGAUUGGCGUCACCAUUCCAGAAGCAGUUGAAGAAAUCGAUAUCGGUGGUGUUACUCUUUUAAGAGCAGCCGCAAAGAACCAUUCCAGGGUUACCAUUCUCUCCGAUCCAAGGGACUAUCCGGUGUUUUUGGAGGAGUUGAGCAAAGAUGCAGAAAUCUCAAAGGAACUGAAACAAACCUUGGCAUUGAAGGCUUUUGAACACACUGCCGACUAUGACACUGCCAUCUCCGAUUUCUUCAGAAAGAAGUACUCCGAGAACAAGGCACAAUUACCCCUCAGAUACGGUGCAAAUCCUCAUCAAAAGCCAGCUCAAGCUUUUGUCACUGAAGGUGAAUUGCCAUUCAAAGUUUUGAGUGGCUCUCCAGGUUACAUCAACUUAUUAGAUGCCCUAAAUUCUUGGCCUUUAGUCAAGGAAUUAUCUGCGUCAUUGAAUUUGCCAGCUGCUGCAUCCUUCAAACAUGUUUCUCCAGCAGGUGCUGCCGUUGGUUUGCCAUUGUCAGAUGUUGAGAAGAAAAUCUACAUGGUUGACACUAUUGAAAACUUGUCUCCAUUAGCCAAUGCUUAUGCAAGAGCAAGAGGUGCAGAUAGAAUGUCUUCAUUUGGUGAUUUCAUUGCGUUGUCAAACAUUGUUGACUUACCAACAGCUCAAAUCAUCUCAAAGGAAGUUUCCGAUGGUGUUAUUGCCCCAGGAUAUGAGCCAGAAGCUUUGGAACUAUUGAAGGCCAAGAAGAAGGGUAAGUAUUGUGUCUUACAAAUUGAUCCAAACUACAAUCCUCCUUCAAUGGAAAAGAGACAAGUUUAUGGUAUCACUCUGGAACAAAAGAGAAAUGAUGCGAUUUUCAAUUCCUCAACCUUCAAAGAAUUCACCUCCAAAAACACAAACUUAACUGAUCAAGCAGCAAUCGAUUUGACUGUUGCUACGAUCGUCCUCAAAUACACACAAUCAAACUCUGUUUGUUAUGCCAAGAAUGGUAUGGUUAUUGGUUUAGGUGCGGGUCAACAAUCAAGAAUCCACUGUACUAGAUUGGCGGGCGAUAAGGCCGACAACUGGUGGUUGAGACAACAUCCUAGAGUGUUGGGUUUCCAAUGGGCUAAGGGCGUUAAGAGACCUGAAAAAUCAAAUGCAAUUGAUUUGUACGUAUCAAACCAAAUUCCUACAAGUGAGCCUGAGAAAUCCGAAUUUGAAUCCAAGUUCGAAGUUGUUCCAACUCCAUUGACUUUGGAAGAGAGAAGAGAAUGGUUGGACAAGUUGACCGACGUUUCUCUAUCCUCUGAUGCAUUCUUCCCAUUCCCUGAUAAUGUUUAUAGAGCUGUUAGAUCUGGUGUCAAAUACAUUGCUGCUCCUUCAGGUUCCGUCAUGGACAGAGCCGUCUUUGAUGCUGCAGAUGCUCAUGAUGUCGUUUACCUUGAGAACCCAAUCAGAUUGUUCCAUCACUAG